UCGCCUUCGUUACCUAUAAUACAACACUUACUUUUGUACUCUCUCUCUCUCUCUCUCUCUUUCACGCUGUGUCGUUUCGUUCGUACAGUCACUUUGUUUUUUUCAAGUGCCGAAAAGAGUACAAAUGAUGAUAAUAAUGUGAAAGAGCCGUGUGAUCGGUAUGGUAUACGUAUAUCUAAGUUAUUGCAAAGUACAUAGUACGUGUGGACAAGUGCACAUCGUUUGAUGAAAUCGACGGAAGAAUGUGCGUGUGUACGCGCGAGGUCGUUGAACCAUCGCGCGAGAAAAGGGACACCGCUUGAUUGAUCGGCACCAGCGCAAUUGCUCGCGCGAUCGUACGCGUAUGUGCCUAUUGUUGUUGACGUUGUCACGCGUUAGACGUACCAGAAUUUACCCGUACACUUGGCUGUAUUAAAAUUUGUAACGUAUGUGAAAAAUCGCGUGUAUUAAAUUACGACAGAUGCGCUAAAUUAAUCUUCCGGCGCGAGGACGAUGAGUAUAGGAUAACGAUCUCUGCUCCAUCAUCGACAAAAGGGGACGCAUCGGCGUGUGUGAAAAACACAAAAAGUCAUGCAAUUUGGCCGAUCUUGCAUCCCACCGAUGACGAUCAAUCGCAGCCAGUGGCGGCGUUAUCUAAUCGGCACCGUUGCUCACUCGAUCCGAUCGGGUCACGGAUACCGGUCAAGGUCUCCCUGCUAACGCUCUGGGUCGCGAUCGAGAAAUUUCCUCCCUCUCUCUCUUUCGGUAUGCACGAGCAGCAGGGCACACGUCGUCGCGGAUAGUUUGCAGAACUGCUCUCUGGAUAUACACAAUAGAUCGGUAUACGUCAUAUAGAGAAAGAGAGGCGCAACAACGAUGCAGGGGAGAUCGGUAAUCGCGCGUUGUUCCUUGCUCCUGCUCGCGCUUCCAACUUUGAAUGGCGAUCAGUGGCUAAUGCAGGGCGACUUCAUCCCCGAGUCGGAGGCGAGGCGCUCGAGCCUCGUCCUGGCGACGACAAACUCGACGACGAGCGUGUCCUCGUCGAUGCGACUGACGCUGACGUCGCCCCCGAGGCACCGGAUAAACUGCGUCCUCGCGGCCGCGCUGGGCAUGAACGGCAACGUCAGGCUCGUCGACGGCGGCGUUGGCUUUGGCAACGUGACGCUGGGCUACGAGACGAUUUCCGGGAAAAUGGACCAGCUGUUCGUGCAGAUCGAGUCGAACGCGGAGGACCGGCUCAGCGUCAGGGACAACGUGGCGGAGAACUCGAGGGUUACCAUUUUGUACGACAUGUUCAGGGAUUGGCAGAGACAGGGCCCAGGGACGAGGGGUGACGUUGGCGAUGGUUACAACAACACCGUGCUGGCCUCGGAAGAUGAGUCCAAUGCGGCCGAUCGGGGGGUCUGAUGAUACUGAUGAGCUGACACUUGUACAACGGAGGGGAUACGCGUUUUAUUGGGAUUGAUGGGUGUCUGCGAGUACAUGAAUGUAUCAUUAUACUGUCGGAUUACGGGUGCAUCAAUAGUUUAGUGAUUAUCUGAAUUGUAAUAAACGAGCUAGUGUCCUCGACCGUCGAAUUGAACAUUACCUAUACAUAUAUUAUAUUAAAAAAAAAAAUUACAUUGUACAAACGUAUAAUCAUGCUUUAGCGAGUAAACGUGUACGUCUCCAUGCUCUUAAUUAUAUAUACAUGUCAUACAAAAACUCUCUCAUAUGGUAUAGAUAAAAUACACACAUACCCAAUUGGAGUCUAUUUUGUA